UGUGUGUCUCUAGGGAACAGUGCUUUUAAAGUACUUGCUCACCGCACCAACCUGUUCACAAGAAGUCAAGGGGCCCAGAGUUUCAUUAUUUGCUUUUUAAACGUGUUGUCAAUAUGUCCAAACCUUUAACCGACCAUGAAAAGCGCAAGCAGAUCAGUGUUCGAGGUAUAGCCGGACUGGGGGAUGUUGCCGAAGUCAAAAAAAGCUUCAACAGGCAUCUUCACUUCACCUUAGUGAAGGACCGCAAUGUGGCCACCCCGCGGGAUUAUUACUUCGCGCUGGCGCACACGGUGCGGGAUCACCUGGUGGGCCGCUGGAUCCGCACUCAGCAGUAUUACUAUGAGAAAGACCCGAAGCGCAUCCACUAUUUGUCUCUGGAGUUCUACAUGGGCAGAACUCUACAGAACACCAUGAUAAACCUUGGGCUGCAGAAUGCUUGUGACGAGGCCAUCUACCAGCUUGGACUAGAUUUGGAAGAGCUGGAGGAGAUUGAGGAGGAUGCAGGACUGGGAAAUGGAGGUCUUGGGCGACUUGCAGCUUGUUUCCUGGACUCCAUGGCAUCUCUGGGUUUGGCGGCAUAUGGUUAUGGCAUUCGCUAUGAGUUUGGCAUCUUCAAUCAGAAGAUCACCAAUGGCUGGCAGGUCGAGGAAGCUGACGAUUGGCUGCGUUACGGUAACCCUUGGGAGAAGGCCCGUCCAGAGUACAUGCUGCCCGUGCAUUUCUAUGGCCGAGUGGAGCAUGCAGAUGAGGGACCAAAGUGGGUUGAUACCCAGGUGGUGCUUGCGAUGCCUUAUGACACUCCCGUGCCUGGUUAUAAAAACAACACUGUGAAUACUAUGAGACUGUGGUCUGCCAAAGCUCCUAAUGAUUUCAACCUACAAGAAUUUAAUGUUGGAGAUUACAUCCAGGCUGUGCUGGACCGAAACCUGGCGGAGAACAUCUCCCGGGUGCUCUACCCUAAUGACAAUUUUUUUGAAGGGAAGGAGCUCCGUUUGAAGCAGGAAUACUUUGUGGUGGCUGCUACUCUGCAGGACAUCAUCAGACGCUUUAAAUCUUCAAAGUUUGGCUGCAGGGAUCCCGUGCGCACCUCUUUUGAAGCUUUCCCUGAAAAGGUGGCAAUCCAGUUGAAUGAUACUCAUCCAGCUCUGGCGAUUCCUGAACUCAUGAGGAUCCUGGUGGAUAUAGAGCGGCUGGACUGGGAAAAGGCGUGGGAGAUCACCACAAAGACUUGUGCAUACACAAACCACACAGUGUUACCCGAGGCUCUGGAGCGCUGGCCUAUCCACAUGUUUGAGACACUUCUGCCACGACACCUGCAGAUCAUCUACAAGAUCAACCAGCAACAUCUGGAUAGAGUAGCUGCGCUGUAUCCAGGAGACAGUGAUCGUUUGUGCAGGAUGUCCCUUAUCGAGGAGGGCAACCCAAAGAGGAUCAACAUGGCUCACCUUUGUGUGGUUGGGUCACACGCUGUUAAUGGAGUUGCACGGAUUCACUCAGACAUCGUCAAAACCACUGUAUUUAAGGACUUCUGUGACAUCGAGCCAGAGAAGUUCCAGAACAAGACAAACGGCAUCACUCCUCGUCGCUGGCUGCUGCUGUGCAACCCCGGCCUGGCUGACAUCAUCGCUGAGAAAAUUGGUGAGGAAUUCCUGACAGAUCUUUUCCAGCUAAGAAAACUGUUGGACUUUGUCAAUGAUGCACAGUUCAUUCGGGAUGUGGCCAACGUGAAACAGGAGAAUAAGCUGAAGUUUGCAGCGUAUCUGGAGAGUGAAUACAAAGUAAAGAUAAACCCUGAGUCCAUCUUUGACAUCCAGGUCAAAAGAAUCCAUGAGUACAAGAGACAACUGCUCAACUGCCUUCAUGUCAUCACUUUAUACAACAGGAUUAAAAAGGAUCCAAACAAGAAGUUUGUUCCCCGGACAGUUAUGAUUGGAGGAAAGGCAGCACCAGGCUAUCACAUGGCAAAGAUGAUUAUUAAACUGUUCACCUCAGUGGGGGAGGUGGUCAAUCAUGAUCCUGUGGUGGGAGACAGACUCAAGGUCAUUUUCCUGGAGAACUAUAGAGUCUCUUUAGCUGAGAAGGUGAUCCCUGCUGCCGAUCUGUCCGAACAAAUCUCUACGGCAGGUACAGAAGCCUCCGGUACAGGAAACAUGAAGUUCAUGCUUAACGGCGCGCUGACCAUCGGCACCAUGGAUGGUGCUAAUGUGGAGAUGGCAGAAGAAGCUGGAGAGGAAAACCUGUUCAUCUUUGGCAUGAGGGUCGAGGAUGUGGAGGCCAUGGACAAAAAGGGAUACAAUGCCAGGGAAUACUACGAGCGUCUGCCUGAACUGAAGCAGGUGAUGGAUCAGAUCAGCGCUGGAUUCUUCAGCCCCAAAGAGCCUGAACUCUUCAAAGACAUCGUCAACAUGCUCAUGAAUCAUGACAGGUUUAAGGUUUUCGCAGACUAUGAAGCAUAUAUCAGCUGUCAAGAAAAAGUUAAUGAACUCUACAGGAAUCCUAAAGAAUGGACCAAAAAGGUCAUCAGAAACAUUGCUGCUUCUGGAAAGUUUUCUAGCGACCGCACCAUCACGGAGUACGCACGUGAGAUUUGGGGCGUAGAGCCAUCUGAUGUCAAGAUCCCUCCACCCAAUGAACCACGUGAAUGAGGGAGUGAGCAACGUGAUGGUUUGACGGUGUCCACUGACUCCGUCUUUCCCAGUGUGCUGGUGUGCCUCGACUGGCUUUACCUGAUUCAGAUUCAGGUUUCUCUCUCAUUCUCAGCCUCCUUGAACUUCAUUACUUUAGACUACCCACAACACAGAACUCUUCCAGGUGCACUUACGUUGUAGUAUGCUUUAAAUCACUGUUACUUUCACAUGCACGUCCAAUUAUCAUGGUUCCAUUAUGCAAAUUCAAUUUGUUGGUCAUAUGAGACUCUUUAUACUUCAGUUGCAUUCCUUGUUUUACUUUUGAGAGUGGCUGUUGUGUCAGAUUGUUACAGAGAUCAUGCUUUAAGGGCAACUGAUUUCAAGAACACAGUGGGACCCAACAAGAGCCUUUGAGUAUUUUAUGUAGGUAAUCAGCAACUAAAAACCAGUGGAGACUUUACCAUCAUUCACAUUCUCAAAUAUUUCUUAAAUGCAUGUCAGACUAUUUGACCACCAACCACCUUUUCUCUGUUUGAAUUCAGUAGAAAUAGUCUUUUUGCUUUAAAAUGCAUGAUAUAACCAGUCAGAAACAACAGCCUUAAAAAAGAA